AUGAUAUCGAAUAAGACGUACUUUUUAUCGCUGAAACCCAAUGAUUACUCGAGUGCAUUUUCUAUUCGACCACAAGCCGUUCAACCCGGGCAACAGUUUGACAUUGUGGUCGAAAACACAGCCAUUCUAAACAACAUCUCCAGCUUUACCUUAGAAGUGUUAGCUGAAACAGAAGCUGAAGAACUGGCUGGUAGCUUUAACUUGAUUGGUGCAGUCAUUGGUGAAGCACCAAAAGAAAUUUUUGAUUCUAGUGACUAUCGUUUUCGCUUACCAUCAUCAUUUACAUCAGCUACAAUUGGUACUUUAAAAUUGAUCGAUGGUUAUUCAACUGACGAUAUGCGCUUUAUGCUUUAUGGAACUUGGGCUAAAUACUUCGUUGUCGAACCAUUCAAAGAUGCAGUCAUUCUAAAAACUAUCGCUUGUGGUACUGAAUGUCUGCAGCUGUCGUCAAACUUUGCCCUUCUGCUUCGUGCAAUUGACAGCGAUUCAUCGCGGGCUUAUGACGUCCCAAUUUAUAUAAGCCUUAAUAGGGUUCAACAGUAUCAGAGAAUAAUAGAUAAAAAAACUGGUGGUCAUAGUGGAGUACCACUUUCACAAGGCGGUGGAGAAAAUACCGAACUUUCUGUUCGCAGUCCACCAAAGUUUAAGCAGAACUUGUUAGCAUUAAGGCUGAGAGAGAAGUCAGCUAAUGACGACUUGAUUAUUUUGGAGGCUAGCGAUCCAGACUCCUUAGUUCUAACUUACACGCUCACGGAUCAUGCUGAUGUUUUUGAGAUCGAUAAGACUUAUGGAGUCUUAAGUAUUACUGCAGCCGAAGAACUAACCAUCGAAAAAUUUGCUGAGCAUUUCAAUUUAACAGUCCUUGUAUCUGACGAGACAAACCAAACAGACAAAGCUGUUAUUAUGGUUACGUUAGAGCCACGAUUUGGUGACAGUUUUUCUGGACCAGCUUUUAGCCAGGCUAUUUAUGCGUUUGCCGCUCAUCCCGGUCAAAAAUAUGUUGGACAAGCGUUUGCUGAAGUUUCCAAUGGUAGACUAACGUAUCAUCUCUCGGAAGGUGGUGCGCAACUAUUUUCCAUUAAUUCUACUGACGGUCGUAUCUACUACGAAGGACCGCUGGAAAGAAAUGCUCAUAAUUAUACAUUAAAAUUACUGGCAUUAGAUGAGUCAACGCCUACAAAACUUGAUGUUGCGACUGCUCAAAUACUAAUUGCUGGUUUAGAAAGUUCACCACCAAAAUUCGUUAAACACGGCGCUCUGACAAGAACCAUGAAUAAAGAUAUAUCGCCAGGAACUGAAUUGUAUAAAUUUAAAGCAACUGAUAGCGAUCCAAAUGCCAAGUUGCAAUAUUCGAUAGACUCGUUAAAUGUCAUUGACGAAAUUGGCGUCAGUGUUCAAGAUCCACUCAGUUAUAUCACCCAUUUUUCGUUCAGUAACAAUGGUUUAGACGACGGCACCAUUUAUCUAAAAAAAAGUUUUUCAAAUACUACUGUACUUGCUGUACAAAUAACUGUUAAGGUAGUCGACCUGAGUCAUUUGGCUGAACCAGAAGAUAAAGCAAAAUUUGUUAUACACUUCAUGACACCGGAAAAAAAUAUUUCGGAAUCCGAGUUAUUACAGUUCUCUAACCUAACACGUCGAAUAGUCGUUUCUGAAGAUGCUCCUAUAGGAUCAUACAUUUACACAAUUAAUAUAAAGCCAGCUCCACUUCAAGUGCUGAAAAACUAUCAUAUAAUAUAUACGCUUUCUGAAGGACAAAGAUAUUUUGCUGCAAAUUCUGCUACAGGUGUAAUAACAACUAUAUCAAACUUGCGAGGUUUAACUGCUGCUAAUGUAACAGUUAUUGCGACGAUGCUGGAAAGCCAAAAAAGUACAACGACAACCCUACAAGUAGCGGUGAUUCCGUCCCAGAGAAAACAUAUUUCCGAUUUUUCUGCCAACAGCUUUUUGUUCAGCAUUACUGAAAAUGUUCCUUUAGGUACGGUAAUAAACGAUUCGAUGGUGAGAUCAGUAACGGGUGAUGUUUCAUACGACAUACAAGGAAAAGAUUGGCAAUAUUUUGAAGUUGACAAACAGGGCACCAUACAUACGGCAAAGGAAAUUGACAGAGAGAGCAAAGCUCAGUUGACAACAUUUGUUCGAGCUUCUCAUUCAGACGGCCAAGCAAUGUUACAGGUGACAGUAAAUGUUGUUGACGAAGACGAUGCUGAACCGAUAUUUUCAAACCGUUCAUACACCGCAUCAGUCAUGGAGAACAGCCCUCUAAAUACGUUUAUCGUUCACACCAAAGCAACAGACAAUGAUAAUUCUGAUCUUGACUAUUCCCUGAUGAUGAACGCAGAUUCAGCCAAACUGUCUUCGUUACUUCGCGUGGAUGAAAGAGGAACUAUUUCAAAUACUGAACCACUGUUUGGUUACAGUGGCGACUAUCAGUUUGCAGUUAUUGCGCGAGACAGAAGGCACAACGGUGCAUCAGCGACCGUCUUUUUAAGCAUUGUUCCGUACACAAGGUGUCAACCAACCUUUUCUUCGUAUACUUCAUCGGUUUUUGAAAUAGAAGAGGUUAUUUUCCUUAUUUUAUCAUAUGAUACAGUAGUUUCUUUUUUCAAGUUUUCCGAGAAUUUACCAAUGACGUAUGAAUUCCAGUUAAUGAUCGUUGCACAGAGUGGAGAUUCUUAUGACCAACUUGAUAUUGAGGUUCGAGUGAUAGAUCUAGAUGAUAAUCCUAUCGAAGUAAUCGACAAGGAGUUACUGUUCAGAAUUCGAGAAGAUGAAAAACCAGGUGGAAUCUUCACAAAUAGACUCAAUGACUUAGGUAAGACAAUCGGAAAAAUUCGUGCAGUAGACAGAGAUGCAAGUGAUUCGCUCUAUUAUCACCUGUUGGAUAAUACAGACCAGUUUAGUGUCGACACCUUGACUGGGCUUUUAACUUUAACUUCUGACGUUGAUCGAGAAGUUUGUGAAGACUAUCUAUUAAAGAUACUAGUCUCGAAUCAAGAGGUUCCCUUGUCGACUGAUAUGUCAGAUAAUUCUACAACAGCCUUUGUUCAUAUCGCAAUAAUUGAUGUGAACGACAACGGACCUAUUUUUGAAAAGAAUUCUUAUACAGUGGCUGUGCGACAGGACUCUCUGGCAGGCACACAACUGCUAACAGUUCGUGCAAAAGAUCCUGAUCUGCCUAAGGACGACUCUAAAUCUUCAAAUGCAGUUCUUUACCGCAUUGAAGAGGUCAUUUAUCAGCAUUUGGGCAAAACUCGUCAGGCAAACGGCUUUAUUACUAUCGAUGAAAAAACUGGCGAUGUCACCCUUGGACGAUCACCUCGUGAUUUUAGUGCUGGUUUGUUUGACUGCAAAAUUGCAAGUUCCGACUCGUCAGAAGCUGAAGCUCAUUUGGCCUACGUGCAGCUCAAAGUUUGGCUCUACAAUAAUAAGAACGUCGUGGAACUUGAAAUUGACGAGAGUCCAAAAGAUUUUAACUUUCUUACAAUGCAACAACAAAUAAGACAGAUUUCAGAACUGGCAAAAUGUCAGGCACAUUUCCUAGGAUUACGUUAUCUUAAAUUAGGUGAUCAUUUCCAAAGACAACCAUUUCGCGUCCAGUUCAUUAUUAUCAACGAAACUGCAGGUAGGGUGCUUAACAGUGAUGAAGCAAUUAAUACAGUUGAUAGAAAUGCCUUGGACAGCAAGCUUCUCAAACCAAGACUCUUCUCUAGCCAGCAAGCAGAGCAGACACCAGAAACACAUAGUCUGUUGACGACAAGAAGCAGCGAAGUCACACUGUUACUUGGAGUGUUUGUCUGUUUGUUAGCGUUGGUAUUCACCGUAUUCAGUUGCAUCCUCUGCUACCAUAGAAUCAAGUAUUUACGAGAGAAGAGGCUUUACGAGGAUAGGAAAAUAGCGCUAGGAGCGAAGAACAAAAAUAACCGCUACAAACAGCCACCUGCAGUGAUUUUACCAACGAGACAUAAUUUAUGGGAGAAGCAAGGAAAUCUGACGGAUGAUGCUUAUUAUACAAUGCAAGAGGCAAUGAUCACCGUUGAGGCCGAGUCUUCCACGAAACGGAAGCAAAAACUAGAUAAAGAAGUUGUGGAUUCAUAA